UUUAAAAUUUGCAGAUUACAAAGUCAUUAUAAUAAAGACACAUUCCCUCUCCAUAAUUAAGCAUUCAAACACUAUAAAAGUUAAUCUAAAUGAAAAAUUCCUAUGUGCUUCUAAAAAUAGCUUGGGAUAGACAGAAAUUGACCAUUUCCAGUAAAUCACAGUGUUGGUUGUUACUAAAAAUAGAUUUUAACCAUCAACUUUGAAAAUUAAUAUCUAAAGAGUGCGCCAAGCUACAAAGUUCAAACUUAGCACACAGAUAUAUAUUAACAUGCUAAAUUCAAUAGAAUUAGUGAGAUUGUUGUAACUAUAAACACUUUUAUUUUAUUUAAAAAAGAAAAUUUUACCCUUCUUUGUCUUUGUUAAUUUUAAUAUCAAAUAUCUUAAAAGUGCGCCAAGAGAAUUUAAUGAAAUUUGAAAUAUACACAUUUCAUAAUAUGAUAAAUUAUUGUAGCAAACAGCAUUGUUGUAACUUUUAUAGGAAAAAAUGUCAACUUUCACAUAAACUUUUGUUAAGAAAAAUUUAACAGAUUGACUUCAAAAGCAAAUAAAAAUUAUCUCUGAUAUCUUAUGUUUACAAAAAGUAAUCAUAAGUAGUCCUCAAAUCAAAUACAAUGUGCUAAAACUUUGAUGGAAAUGACCACCCCUAAAAAAAGGGUAAAAUGUGCUGACACACUUUUCAGCCAUUUUUUGGAAGAGAAAAAAAAUGGAUCUAGGUCAGUUUAUCGAAGUACCUAGGAGAGCUAGAUUAGUGAAAAAAUUAUGUCCAAGACAGAAACCAAUAUAUCAAAUUCAUCAUUGUGGUACUGGUUAGAUAAAGAUUUACCAAUUCCAAAAAAAGAGUUCAAGAAAUUGUCAGAUAUGUGUUCUUUGUCAGACAUUCAAAAUAUCAACUAUGAACAUGAAUUAAACUUAAUGAGUGAUGUACAAAUCAUGGAGAAAGAUGGAGAACUGAAACGGUUUCCAUUUUUUUUAAAGCUUCCAGUCAUCACUCAAAUUAAAUUUCUUUAUCUACUUCAAACAAAUGUCUCACUGAUCCCUCGCUACUCCUUGAUGCAAUUUAUUCAACUGAUAGGGACAUCUAACAAUAGAUGGGUUCAGGAAAUGGUUAGCCAAUUAUUAAAAUUGACAGGUGAGACUUCAAGAUCUUUUCAGUUUGAUUCUUCGCUUCAUUUGAAUCACAUUUUGUCAGAUCUAAAAAGGAGUCAUAAUGACUUUGCAAAGGAUCUGAUGCCCAUCCAAGAGAGGGAAGACGUUUCAAUGGAUGGAAUUAAAACACCCCUAUUGGAGCAAAGCUCUUCUGUUGUGGAUGUUAUUGUCAUUGAGGAUGAUGAGAAUGGUCAUGAUAAACUAGAAAGUUCUCAGGCAUUAGUCAAAUUGUCCUGUAAACCUCCAACAAAAAAACGCAAAACCCAGGAUUGGAAUGAAAGUUUAGAUGAAACUGAACCUGCUAGGAAUAUAUCAAUAACAGAUCUUCCUGCUUCUAUUUGUUCUCAGGUUAAGCUAAAUCAGUUGUAUAAUGCUUGCAAGAGCAAAGAAAUGGAAGUGACCAUUGAUAUGCUAAAGCCUUUCACCACAUUGACACUUUCUCAGACUCAAGAAGUUUGUGAAUUUCUGGACUUAGCACAAAUCACAGAUAAAAUGUUAGUUAACAUAUUUGAUAACAUGCCUUGGCAGGACAUUACUACAUCCACUGCUAAAAUUAUAUUGGAUAGCUGUUUGGCUGCUAAGGUUAAAAAUCUGACAUGCGAACCCUCUGACAGACUGCUAUCUGCAGUAACAUUGAUUGCUACAUCUUUGCCACAAGUUUUGGAGGACAUAUUUGUCAGUGUUUUACUUACUACAGACUCAGGAUAUUUUCCAUGUCAGCUGAUGACAAGCGUUAGCAAAGAAUCUUUACCUCUAGAAUCCAUUGUCUACUUCAUUGUACAACUUGUGUCUCAAAACAUUGAGAGUAAUGAAAACUUGACAUCACUGCUUCAGAUGUUGAUUGAUAGAAACCCUGCAUUGGAUGAAGACCUUUUACUAAAUCUAUUGACUUUCUUGUCCCAAUCUUCCCAACUGAACCAUUCGAGCUCAAAGUUGGGAAAGCUCUUACUGUCAGUGAUGUCUAAAUACAGCUCCAUGAUGUCUUCAAAGCAUAAAGUUAUUGUACAAGCUAUUGUAGACAAGCACACUUCAAGCCUCAAGAAAUUACUAUUGAACACCAUGAAAAAGAUUUCAGACAAAAUGCAAUAAUGGUUCUAUUCAGUUGGAAGACGCUGUCCGUAUGUUAUUAUUUACUUCCUUUGUUUUAUUUUCAAUUGAAGUGGUGUUUUGUUGCAUCAUACAAGUUGUUCCUAUUCCAAUAGAACUGCAAGGCACCACUAGUACACCUGAUUUGUUUGUCACUCUGUCCUAUUUAAGCUUUUCUUUUUUUUUAAUUCAUACAGCAGCUGUUUUUUUUUAAAGUUUGUGGUCUUCAAUAGAAUAUUACUAAUACCUCUAAACUAUCAGUGACAUCAAUGUAACAAUUUGUAGAAUGCACUCACUAGAAGGAAGUCAUCAAAAUGUAAAUGUAUGUGUAGAACAUGACUUGAUGAGAUACAAGACUAUUGUAUAUUAUAAAAGUGAUGUGUUGUUGUUGACCACCAUUGGCUGUAAAACAACUAUUUGGCUCUUCCCCUAGUAGAUUAUUUCUUCAUUGGAAAUACAGUUCUAUACUCAG